GCCAUCCAAAUCCCCCCCCCCAAAAAAAAACCACCAUCACACACCACAAUGACCAACCAACUCCAAUUCGUCACUCUGGAUGUCCUUCACCACCAAAAGAUUCCAGGGCAACCAGCUGGCAACAACGCCAUCGCGCGCGAAUUCAACCUCUCCGAGACGAUCUUCGUCCACGCCGACACGGGAGAAAAGCGAACCAUCGAAGCAUCUUCACAGAGAGCCAGGAGCUCCCGUUUGCAGGACAUCCCCACUCACUAUUGGCGCGGCCUCGUGGUUCCUUCGCCACUCUCGCACCAAUGCAGAGCACGAGAAUGCAAUGCGCAAAAGCUCCUCAUGACGGCCGGGGAGUUCCCAAAUCUCCCGGCUUCCUGGCUCAGACAGUGUUGUCACGUUGUAUCCGUCUCUGGCGCUUCUACUGCAGUGGCGGCAGUGACUACUACGUUCACGCCGGUUCUGGCGGAAGAGGCGCAGCUGGAUGAGGGGUGGCGGGAGGAAUUCGUUGCGAACUACUUCUUUGUGAGGGAUGUGGAGGACGCAGCCUUGGGGAAGAAGGUGAUUCGGUCUCGGAUGAUCCUGGGAAGCCUUGAGGAUCCUGCUACGGGGAGUGCAGCGAGUGGAUUGGCGGCGUACUUGUCCCUGUUGGAGGGGAGGCCGGGCCAGUUCAGGUAUGAUCUCGUACAGGGAGUGGAAAUGGGGCGACGCAGUGAGAUUGGAGUCGAUGGAGUGAUUAAGGAGGUUGGGAAGAUCGAUACACUUGAACUACAGGGAAGUGCGGUCAAGGUGUCUGAGGGGAAGAUUGUUGUCCCUGAGGAGUAG